GCAGUGUCGAGUCAGGCUUUGCUAUAUAAACGGUGGAAUUGUCAAACGACCACCAAUAUAUUGCCAGCCGUUCCAGCGCUCACACACGAGUAAAAAAGUCGGAAGUUUUUUUAAAUAUUGUGUCAGUGGUCAACGUCUUCGACCUCUUUUAUUGACUCGGAAUCCGUAAUAAGUUAGGAUGAAGGUCUUAAUACUUUGUAUGGCUUUUGCGGCUGUGACUUUGUCGAUGCCAGUUGCCGAAGAAAAACAAGAAGUCCCUAUCGCACUCCCUUCUACUCCUGAAGUAAAGUCUGAUGCUAUUAAGCCUACAAGCGAAUCGCAAUCUGCUGUUGUAGAAGAAAUAAAGGCUGAUGCGGCAACAGAAGUGAAAAGUGCUGAUAAGCCAGAACAAGUAGAAGCUAAGAGUGCAAAUGCACCAAUCGAUGCCACUGCGGAAGCACAACCAGAAGCUAAGGCUGAAACUGUACCUGAAGUAAAGAAAGAAAAUAUUCCUGUAGUAAAAAAUGAAAAUAAACCUGAAGUAAGCGAAGCAGCACUAGUUAGCUCUGAACCUGAACAGAAACCAGAAUCUAGUCCAGCAGUUGAACCUAAACCUGAAGAAAAGAGUGUUCAACCUGAAUUAAAAUCUGAACCCGUAGAAGCGCCCAAGCCGGAAGAGAGCUCAGCUAAGAUCGAAGAGAUCGUUGCUCCAUCAGCAAAGUCAGCAAUUGCUGAGGAGCCAAUUGACAUUGUCAGUGCUGUGAAAAAUUCUGCUGCAGUAGCUGAUGAUGUAGUUGACCCGGCUGCAAUUAAUCCUAUUUCUGACUCUCAACCCAUUGUUUCUGCCAAGAGCGCAAUCCAAGAUGACAAAAAGGAGGAGUCUUCUGUCUCUGAAUCUGCUGCCGUUAAAGCCAGUAAUAACGAGGAAGUUAAUAAUAAGGAAGAACCAAAAACAGAAAAUAAACCAGCAGAAAUAGCACCAGUUGCAGCAGUAGCUGCCGAACCAAAAUCUGCCCCAGUGUCUGAUGAUGCUUCCCGAGUAAUUCGUGACGCAGUUGAAGAGAAAAAGGAAAUUGAAACCCCACAAGCUGAACCAAAAACUGUAGUUGAAGCUGUCAAAGAUGAAGUAAAGCCAGCUGAUGUGCAAGUUGAACCUAAAUCUGCAAAGCCAGCAGUAGAAGCUCAAGCUCCACAAGAAAAUGUCGCUGAGUCUCCUAAAGUAGAACAACCAAGUGACAUCGCUAAAGAAGUUAAAUCUGCCGUAGUACCAAAGGAGAAAGAAGACAAAGAGGUCGUUCCUCUCGCUCAACCCGUAGAUGCUGUAAAAGAUGUUGCAAAACCUGAACUUAAAUCGGAUGAAGCAAUCAUGAAUGAUGCACCAGCAAAGGAAAAGAACAGUUCUGAGGAGAGCGCUGAAAGUCCAGAAAAAAAUGAGAGCGCAGAAAAAGAUUCUUCGGAGGAGAGCGGCGAAAAAUCAAAGGAAAAUGCUCCUAAACCCUAGACAAGUAACAAGUAACAAGUAAGUUUUUUGGCGGUAGGCGUGUGUCGACUUGCGCCCUCGACACACGCCCUCGGCCCGAGCAGCGCAGUGCGUUUGUGAUCAGCAUUCCCGCGCGACGGCGUUCCCGCGUCCGCGUGUGUAUCUGACUAUUCACUAGUACUAGAGACUUAUUUAAAUAGUGGAAACAAAAAAUUACCUACGUUGUAAUUAUUUUCAAAAUAAAUUAUCGAAAUCACUGUACUAUAAGUAAUAAUAAACACGUUUUU